AUGUCUGGGACCUCUUGCAAUAUAUGUUAUAAUGCUUUAUCUCCUGCGAAAACUGUCUUAUGUCGUUCCUGUUCAAAAGGUUUUCAUCCAGCAUGUACGGAGUUAAAAUCUUUAACUAACUUUAAUAAAAUGAAACAAGAAAAUAAACCAUGGAACUGUUCUGACUGCCAAAGUAAAAAUCUCACAGUGAGAAAAAAAAAUGAUAUUUCAAAUAUUUCGUCAAACCCAGAUUCAUACAGUAAUCUUGUAAGUAGUAUAAAUAAUAUAAAAUCUACUUUGGAUGAAAUUAUACGCAAACUUAAUACUCUUACUAAAUCUAAUUCGGAAUUAGAAAAGUCAGUCAAUUACUGUUCGGAUAAAGUGGAUAGUUUUGAUAGUACACUUAAUAAAUUAUCUAAUUCUAUCAGUGAACAAGGAAAUAGAAUAUCUAAAACUGAAUCAAGAUGCUUAAACUUAGAAUUAGAAAUGGAAAAACUUCACUCACAUAUUAAUUUUUUGGAACAAGAUAAACUCGUCAAUAAUAUCGAAAUAACCGGUAUUCCAAUGACAGACAAUGAAAACACCUUUGAGAUAAUAAAAACCAUAUCUAACAAAUUAAAUAUCGAGCUUGAUGAUAAAAAGGUGAUUAAGGCCUACAGAAGUCCAUUAAAUAAAAAUAAGACAAACUGCCCUAGUAUUAUCGUUCAUUUUGAUAAUACUAGCACUAAAUUGGAGUUAAUUAAAGCAAUAAAACUACGUGCUAUAAAUCAAAAUGGGCUUUUGGCUAAUGAAAUCCAUACAUCAUUUGCUAAGAAUAAUGUGUAUAUAAAUGAUCAAUUAACAAAAGACAAUAAACACCUUUUCUGGUUUGCUAGAUUAGUUUCAAAAAAUUAUAACUAUCGUUUUUCAUGGGCAAAUCAUUCUGGUGUCUUCAUCAAACGUGACGAAGGAAGUAGAUUUAUAAAAAUCAUAUCUAUCAAUCAACUGAAAAAAUUGGACACGGAGAAAAGCGUUACUCAACUUUGGUGA